AUGAAGUUCAAGACCUAUAUUUCUAAAGAUUCCAAGCUAACGGACAGCAUUGCUGCGCUUGGAUGGAGUAACAACGAGGACAUCUAUAGCUGUGGCGGCGAUCAGCAGGUGUACAAGUGGAGCUCCAACAAUCGUGAGAUGGUGCAAGUGGCAAAGCUACCCGAAGGAUUCGUGCCGACCGAUCUGCACUGGCUACUCGGAAAGGGCCCCACUGUAGGAGCGGGUGGAGCGAGUGUAUCCGGCGGCGGCAAAGGAGGUGAAUGUUUGCUGCUGGCCAGCGCUGAUGGGCGAUUCAUCAUACUGAACAAAAGUGCCCGAAUCGAGCGUAACGUCCCAGCGCACAGUGGCACGAUUGUUUCAUGCCGCUGGAGUCCGGACGGUGCCGGUUUGCUGACGGCCGGUGAAGAUGGCAUCAUAAAGAUAUGGUCACGUUCCGGCAUGCUGCGGUCUACCGUGGUUCAGAACGAAGGACAAAUACGGUGCGCUCGGUGGUCUCCAAGUGCGUCCGCUAUCGUGUACUGUCAAGGUCCGUUCGUGGCGAUUAAACCACUUGCGGCCAACAGUAAGCUGACCAAGUGGAGAGCUCACGACGGAAUGGUCCUCUGUCUGUGCUGGUCAACCAAUACGGCCAUGAUUGGGACGGGCGGUGAGGACUGUCGAUACAAGAUUUGGGAUACACAAGGCACAAACAUUUACACCAGUGUGGCGGAUGAUUAUGCCAUCACAUCGAUUGACUUUUGUCCCGAUGGUGAACUGUUGGCCGUCGGUGGGUUUAAUAUGGUGAAGCUCUGUCACUAUACAGGAUGGAGCCACAGCAUCGUGCGAUUCAACCAACAGGUCAUAGGGUCGCUAUUCAACAUAGUAUGGUCCGGCGAUAGUACGCAAAUAGCGGCUUCUACCAGUACCGGAAGCUUGCUCUUCGGACACAUCAUCGAGCGGGAGCUGAGAAAUCGAAAUCUGAAAGCGAUCACAUCGGGCCGCAAGACGAUCCUCUUGCAGGACAUUGUUGCACGCACCUCCGAUACGUUGGAUUUUUCGGAGCGCAUCAUCAAGUGGGAGCUUGGGUAUGGACAUUUGGUGGUAGCGACGGUCCACCAGAUUCAUAUCUUCAACGAGAAUUACAUCAACACUCCAAUCAUCAUUGACGGGCGAAGUGAUAUUCGUAUCAUUAUGCUUGGGAAGAAAAAUUUUAUUCUAGUUGACAACAACUCUAUAUGGAUCUACACGUACACUGGACGGCUACAUUUGAACCCGCGGUAUCCCGGCUCGCAGACACAGAUCCCCCAUCUUAACGGACGUUGUAUAUCGCUUGGGCUGGAUUCGCUGGCGGUACGCGAUCAUUCAGAUCAGACGAUCGUGCAUGUGUUUGAUUUGCUGCCCGGAGCCACACGCCAAGAGGAACCGUAUACCAUUCACAGCAAAUCGCCCGUUGUCGAGGUGGCCGUGUGUCGGUUCGGAAACCCCGACGACCAGUACUUGGUAUACAUCGAUGUGAAUCAGGAUCUGUACAUUACCAGCGUCCACAGCAGCCCGGAAUACGUGACGCAUAAGAUCGGAACACAGGUGACGACGGUGAUGUGGUCGAGCGACACAAAUAUCCUUGUCGCACUGCAUGAUCUCAGCUACAGCGUUUGGUACUGUCCGGGAGAGGCAUGCACGGAUCCAACACUGAUCGCACUGACCACGUUUACGUACGAUACGAGUGAAUUCGGCAAGAACCUAACGCUGGAGAACUUCGAGGGACCAAACGUGACGUUCCGCAGUUCGGGUGCGAUCUUUACCGUCUCGGUGAAAACGUACUGUGUGCUGCUACAUAAACUGUUUUCGGAGAACCAGUGGGAGCGAGCGCUGAAACUGUGCCGUUUGGUGCAGAAUCAACUGCUGUGGGCAACGUUGGCGGCGAUGGCAUCCAAGCGCAAUCAGCUGGACAUCAGCGAAGAAGCGUUCUCUGCGUCACUGCAAAUCGACAAAGUAAACUACCUAAACCACAUUAAAUCUCUGCCUCCCGCGGGCCCGGAACAUAUGGCCGAGAAUUCGAUCAUGAAUGGACGCAUACAGGAGGCGGAAAUUAUUCUGCUGCAUAACAAACGCAUUCCGGAGGCAAUUAGGUUCUGUCUGCGAAUGCACCGCUGGAAUAAGGCUCUAGAGGUUGCUCUGAAACACGGGGUCGAUGUGGAGUUGGUGAUGGAGGAGCGAAAAAAGUAUCUGCUCGCACUGGAACGUGAGGAAAAUGAUCCCCAAUUUCUUGCCGUGAAUGAGCACAUGGACUAG